AUGUCGUCGGCUGCUGUUUGGACGUGGAUAGGCUUCGCGAACAAGUACAGCUGGAUUCCCGAGACAUUUAGUGGACAGGGCGACGCCCUUCUCUGGGACGCCAACUUCAACAAAAAGCCAGCGUAUACCAUUGUCUCCUCCAUGCUUGCUGCCGCUGCAACCGGUAGCAUUCCCACGACCACACUUACGCCUACCGUCACGAGCUCCCGCGUAACGGUGCUCGUCACUGUUACGACCUCUUCCCGUGCGACCACGACCACGGCUGCAUCGGGGGCGGAGCAGGUCCGUUGGGGACAAUGCGGCGGCAAUGGGUGGACUGGGCCAACUCAAUGCCAGUCUCUGUGGACCUGCACGAAACAGAAUGACUUUAACACCCAGUGUCUCUAA